AUGAAGCGAUUGGAUUUGCAAGGAUUGCGUGGCUUGUCGAUUUUGGCAGUUUUGGGAUUUCAUUUUUUCCCGAAAUAUUUUCCAAAUGGAUUUUAUGGAGUUGAUCAGUGAGUUCUGGGGAAUUCUGGGGAAAAAUCCAAUGUUUCAUGGCUCAAAUUUUUUAGAUUCUUCGUUCUCUCUGGUUAUCUUAUGUGUAUGCUUCUCACCAAAUCCGAAAACUUGCCAAAAUCCAAAUUCUUCUCCAAUUUCUACAUGCGCCGAUUUCGCCGAAUUAUUCCACUCUAUCAAUUUGUUAUUCUAACUUCCCUAAUUCUCGCAAAUCUUUUAUUUUAUCAAACGACACUCCGCAAAAACGAAGAGUCCGCUCUAAAAGCCAUCUUCUUCGCAUCGAAUCAAUUGAAACCAGCGGAUCAGAAUUAUUUUGCGAUGUUGCUGAAUUCAAUCGAUAUCUUCACACAUACUUGGUCGUUGUCUGUCGAAAUUCAAUUUUAUAUUUUGGCACCAUUUUUAUUUUUGUCGCCAGCUGGAAGGAUGAGAAUAGUGGUUAUGGGUGGGGUUUUGAUGGUAAGUUUUUGCUGGUGGCAUUUUCUUCCUGGUGAUGUAGCAUUUCUGGAUGUUUUUGCAAGGAUUUGGCAAUUUUUGAUUGGUCAGUUUUGAGAUUGGAAAAAAUAUUGUAGUUUUUAGAUGUGCACAAAUGAUAGUUUUAAAAAAAUUGAAAAAAUUACUGAAAAAUUAAUUUCAAAUUUCCACGUGGCAAUUUAGAAGAAAUGAAUUAUCUCUGAUUACUGUAGGUAAAUUUUUAGCGCCUAACAUUUGGCUGUUGGUUACUGUAGAGGUACAGUAAUCCUGGGUGUUUGAAGCGAAAAAUUUCAAAUGUUCAAUAUUUUUUCAACUCAUAAAGUCUGAUUACCGUAGUUAAAUUUUUCCCGUCAAAACGUAUGCUACAGUAACCCCAUUUUUUUUGCACUAAAAUUGUAGAUCAAAUAUUCGUUCCCAAAUCCAAAAAUCCAAUAUUUUCAGGCAUGCUCGUUUUCAUUGCUCAACCCGAACACACAAAUCAGCCAAUCAACAUCGAGAAAUCCGAAGAAGCAACUCCAAAAAAUAAAAUUCUCACAACCUCAACCACGAUUUUCCUGAUGCUAAUUAUUUUCUGCCCAAAACCACUAGACUCAAGAUUUUUCAGGUACUUAGUUUUAAUUUUAGUUUUGAAGCUUACAAACUUUAAAAAAUAUAUUUCAGACCACUUAUAACUUCUCUCACUGGCCUAUUAAUAUUGUUAUCUGAAACUGGAAAUAUUUUACUGGAAAAUCGAAUUUUGGUUUAUUUUGGUGAUAUUUCGUAUUCAUUAUAUUUGAUUCAUUGGCCGAUUCUUUGUUUUUUCAAGGAUUUUUCAUUGAUCUCAGCACUUCUCAUAUCAAUAUUCCUAGCAAUUUUGGUUUAUCAAUUUUUCGAAAAAUGGUAUUUGAAGUUAUCAAAUUUCAACAUCUUUGCAUUGUCUGUAAUUCUUAUUCUGGCUAAUUUAGUUGUCUCAAAUCAAAGGAUUUUUCUAUCUUCUCCUUCUGCAAAACACAUUGAUCUAUUGAAUAUGAACCGUGAAAAUCUAUUAGCAAAACGAAAUAUUUCUUGGAGAGAAGUGGAUGAGCAAAAUCGAGAAUGGAAUAAUAAUGAUGAAUUUAAUUUGAAUAUUGAAACAUGUCGAAGUGGAACUGGAAAAUGGGAUGGAUGGUGUAAUCAUACGGGAUUAUCAGGAGAAAAUGGAAAAAAUAACAAGAAGUAUAAAGUGAUAUUGAUUGGAAAUAGUUGGGCUGCGAAUCAUGGAAAAAUGAUUUAUGAUGUUUGUUGGAAGAAAAUGAACAUUUUUGUGCAAGGAUCGUAUGGAGGUGGGAUUUUGAAAGUCAAAGAUUUUUUUGUCAAAUUUUGGCUUUUUUCGAAACCGAACAAGUUACUGUAGCUGAUCACGUGGCAUGUUUUUUGAAAAAAUUUAGAAAAUUCAAGCCAAGCUCCAAAAAAUCCUUCCCAAACUUUCAGCUUGUGAACCUCUCUUUCCUGCCAGCCAACACCAAUGCACUCAAAAAUACAUCGACGACUUCGAAAAACAUAUUCAAGAUCUCAACCCUGAUUACGUGUUCCACGUGACUCGACACAUUUCAUACGGUCAGAUAUCAAAUGAAAAAACAAUUGACACGGUGUAUCAGGCAAUGUUGAAUCAGACAAAACGAUUGCUGAAAUAUAUCAAACGAAAAAUUUAUUUUGUUAAUGCGAUUCCGACUGUAAAUACUCCUGAACUUUAUAAAUUAGCGAAUCGGAUUAGGAAAAAUGAAUCGUUUGUGGAGAUUGAUGUGAGUUUUUUCAAAAGACCAAGAUAAUUAAAUAAAUUUAUUUUCAGAAAACGUUAUUCGAGCCAAACAACUAUGAAAUUGCCAGAAAUCGAUAUGAAAAAUUGAAAAAAGAUUGCGGCGAAAAAUGUGAGCUCGUCGAUUAUUUCAAAUUGUUUUAUCGAAAUGACACGAAAACUUUUCGAUUUUUCGAUGAAAAUGGAAUUGAAUUGUUGACAAAUGGAAAACAUUUGAGUCAAUUGGGAUUGGAAUUAGUGAAACCGAUUUGGAAAGGAAUUUGUGAUAGUUUUUGA